UGCUAAGUCACGACUUUUGUUAUGCUGUCAGAUGAAAUCACUCAAUAUUCUGGAUGGCGUUGGGCACUCUUGUGAGAAUUGCGCGUGUCUACGCUUCUACCCGUGUAGCUGCGGUAUCUUUCUUUUUUUGGACAGGCUCGGCGACAUCAGCGGGAUAGCUCAUACUCACCUUAUCCAGCUCGCACUAAGAACCCCAGAUGUCAAAGUCCCUAUAUUGACCUCACAGAACCCAAUCGUAGCUCAACUUCAUCAGUUUCAUCAUUCACCAUCAUUUUUGUUUUCAUCAUGUUGUCUCCAAUUGUUCAUCUCUCUUAUACAUUCGUUUUAUUGGCUUAUGUCUUUUCCUACGUCAAAGCAGACUGUUCAUCAUACGGCAUUGAUUUUCAGAAUGGAGCUAGUUAUUUCAUCAAUAGCGGAGAUUCUUCCAACUUCACCUCCGUCACGCAGUUUACGGGAUGUACCGGCACAGCCGAUGUAAUUCUUGUUGCCCCUGAUGAGGAUUCCUGGUUGUGUAGCGAUAUAAACACCCAGCCUGACAAUACCAAUAUGCUUUCAACAUGGUAGGUAUCUUUCGGCAAAUCUUCGAUAUACACAACCUUACUAAGUUUUGUCAGUCCUCUUUUGAAAAGCGAGAUGUAUAGUGGAAGUUGGACUAUCGUCAUCUUGGGUAAUAAUGGAAAUUCAUCAUCUUUCGCUGCCCAAAGAACAUUCGAACUUGUAGUUGGACCUCAAGCUACAGUCACAUAUAUCCCAACUGGUAGGUGAAUCCAGGCGUUUGCGUACCAAGUCUUCACAUUUUGACAUUUCUUAGUAAAUAUCACGAGUGUGGUAACACCAUCAACAACUUUACCCACGACCAUUACUGAAGUCGACUCAACCACAAUUCCUGCUGUUACAAUUACCGAACCAUCAGCCACCGCCAAAAACACAGUGACAAUUACACCUAAACGAGUCACAACGACCAAGAUCACCACCUCCACGAGGACUUUGACUUCUAGAAAAUACACCUUCCCUAUCGUUACCAUCACCAAGACAGCAUCCUGCAAAGUUCCCAUCAAGCCAACUGCAAGAGAUCCAUUCGCAAAUCAACAUUUCCUUGCUCUUGCUAAAAGUAUCAAAUCCAAUUUGGCCUAUAGACGUACUGCUGGACCAGCACCAAUACCCGCUGCCAUCACCCCAGCUCUAAGAGCCAAUUUCAACAACCGAGACGUUCCAGUUGACGUUGCUAAUGUUCUUGGACGUCGUGCUGUUGGUCGCCUCCUCGAGAAGAAGCUCAAGAAACGUGCUCCAGAUCAGCCGACUUUGACAAUCAUUGAUACAAACACAGCUGAUUGGCAGACUUCCACUAUUACCACUACUACUGCUACCACAACUUUCUAUAGCACAGGUAAGAUAUAUCCUCACAAUUUGUCUAGUAUAUGUGACACUUACUAACGAAUUUCACCUAUUAGCCACUACAACUACAUCUACCACUAUGUAAGAAAAAUCCCCUCAUGAAAAUAUCUAAAUCUGACAAAGCUAUAGUACCCCAGCACCAGUUACAGUCCGUAGCGGAGUAACUACGGAAACUAUAACAGCACCAACACCUACAAAAACAAAGAUCAUCCCGACUUUCACGGUCACAGUGGUCACAUCGACAAUUACUUACAAGUAUGCGUACGUUUCAUUGCGUGAACUCUAAUACUUGGGAACAAUCUCAUUUUAGAAACAAUUCCGCUAACAAAUCCUUCAAUCUAGUGUCACGAUUACAAAGACUGCAACACCUUCUUCAGUAAUCGCAUCCUGUACCUCGAAGGGUGGUGUGGUCAUUUGAUUUCCUGCAUGAUAUUGAUGCGUUUUUCUUUCGAGCAUCAUCUAUCAGAUUUUCCUACUUUUUUCCUACUCUAUUCUCAUUUUCCGCAUCUGAAAUUACAGAGUUUCGAGUUGAUUUGACAAGCACACAUCGCUAUCGAUAGAGGUAUAUUUGGGUCAUUAUACUAGUAGGGCUGGGCGGUUCGUCAUUUUGCUUUUACUUUUUCUCUCGGAGUUACUAUACAUCAUCCAUGGAAUUGAAUCAUCGAAUGUUAAAGAAUUCCCU